ACUGAAAUUGACUUCCGGAUGUUUUGCCGGCAGAAACUUACCGCCCCACUCACCACCUUCCACGCUUGUCUAGCCCCAUACUAAAUGUUUGACUAAGGAAUGGUACUAAGGUACAUCCUAGGCACAUACCUAAUGCCAAUUUGGACAGCUUUAUCCUAAGAACAGCCGUUCGUCAUCGGCCGCCAUCGUUAGGUCCACUUAUAACCUAGAAACCAUCCAUCUUUCUAUCAACGACUUUGACGACUAGGUAUUCUACACCUGCUAUCAACAAAAACAAUAGCCAAGAUGACGGUAAACAUCAGUUCUUCAAAUGAGUGGCAACGUAUCUUGGGGUCUUCGACCAUCGUGGUCACUGACUUCUAUGCCGACUGGUGCGGUCCUUGCAAGAUGAUCGCUCCCACCUUUGAAUCGCUCGCGACGAAGUACACUAAGCCUGGCAAGAUCACCUUCUGCAAGGUCAACGUCGACAACCAACAAUCCAUCGCUCAGUCCCACGGCGUGCGCGCGAUGCCCACCUUCCUCAUCUUCAAGAACGGUUCCGUUAUAGAGACAAUACAAGGCGCGAACCCGCCGGCCCUGACGUCUGCUGUAGAGAAGGCUGUUAAGUUAGCCGGUACCAGUGCGCCGGGCGCGUCAUUCAAAACCCCUGGACGAACUCUUGGAGGUAGCCCAGCUUCCUCUAGCACACCCGCGAGACGAAGUGGCCAGGCAUUCGGUGGCCGACCGUGGAGAUUCAGCCCAUUUCAUUUCUUCAAUGCUAUCGUGACUUUCUUCGGAUUAUACUUCGUGUCACUCUUUUCGUUCGAUGCAUACAAAGCAGCCGAGAAGUCACAGUUCAACGUCAAUAGCCCGAGCGCACCACCGACUUCCGCCCAAGCGAAAGGUGGCCAAAAAGUGGGAGGGCAGGGCGGUUCUGCUCGGCCUGGCGGAGUUAGGACGUUGGCCGACCUUGGGAGGUAGAAGUAUAAUCCACCAAAUUGGUUGUAUUAAUUAUCUGUGAAGUGUAAAGUUAGGUUCUACAUAAUACAUACCUGAAUUGACCUCUUGAGAUGAUCAGCUAUAUCAUUCGUCCUCCAUUUUCAAUUGUCUUUGCAUACAAUCCUUAUCGUCUUAUCAGCGAGGGUAUGCGGGUGCAUGGUUUCGAUGUGGGGGCGGCCAAAUUGACAAUACCCGCCAUUUUAGUGGACAGAGCGACCAUGGGUUUUUAGCUAGCACGUUAGCGUC